AUGGAGCAAAGAGGGGCCCAUGAUAUCCCACCCCUGACGUGUUUCAUGCGCCACCUUGACAAGAAAGGCAAUUGCACGUAUGUAAAAGCCUCAGGUGAUCCCGAUGCUUGGUCCUACACGGCUUUCUUGUUCCACUUCCCACUCAGCGCCGAGCGUCUGCUGCUUUACUCCUUGUGGUCCACUCCCUGGUCAGUGACUUGGCAGACUACUAAGCGUGGGGCGGGGCUAUACAAGCGGAGGCGGGGCUGCUCCGUGAGCGCGUUUCGGGCCGCGCGGGCUUCCGUAGCUGGACGCGGUAGGUGGCGGCGCCACGUCCCGGGCGGUGUCCGGGAAGAAGUAAGUCGGGCCUGGGGACAGUUUGAAGUAACUAUGGCCUUCACGCUGUACUCCCUGAUGCAGGCGGCUCUCCUGUGCGUGAAUGCCAUCGCCGUGCUGCACGAGGAGCGCUUCCUCAAGAACAUUGGCUGGGGAACAGACCAGGGAAUUGGUGGAUUCGGAGAGGAGCCAGGAAUUAAAUCUCAGCUAAUGAACCUUAUUCGAUCUGUAAGAACCGUGAUGAGAGUGCCAUUGAUAAUAGUAAACUCAAUUACUAUUGUAUUGCUUUUGUUAUUUGGCUGAACAUCAUUGGGAAAUCAGAGACUCAGAAGAAGAAAAGCCCAGAAGUUACUAUUUCUGUUGUGACUGGAAUAUUCGUGUUUCAGCAGGCUCAUCUUGCAGUUGACAAAAAAAAAAAAAGUAAAGUUGAUAAUAAAACCAGAGUUUUCAUCUAUCUGAUUUUUUUUUUAAUUGUAGUUAUACUUGUAGAUCAGAUCAUCAGAGGCUGAAGCACUCCAGGACUAAUAGGUAAAGGCUAUGAAAGGGCACAGGACUGUUGCCUGUGUCAUUUACACAGCUCUUUCACAGCUCAGGGAUGGAUUUUCUCCAAAGCUUUGGAAUACCUUACCAUUUAGAUACGACCUGAGUGUUAACUUCCUAUAUAAACUUAAGAGUUUUUUUAAAGUAACAGUUAUAUCUAACUAACAAAUUGGUCUUUGGGUAAUUUAUUUUGAACUCUUUGGUUAACUAGUCUACAUCGUUUCUGCUAUAAAGAAAUUUAUAGGUAACUGUACAGGGCAAUACCCUGAUUUCAGAGAGAACUCUUAAUUCUGGAAACCAAUUGUCUGUGGUUUUAAGUUCUUUUUAUGCCAUUGUUUAUUAACUGACCGGAACAGUGAGACUAGAACAUUUACAUAUUUUCCUUGGUAGGAAGUCUUCCCUGUUUUACAAGGAUUUGUUUUAUAAAAUCAGUGUAACUGUUAGCUGACAAAAAUCAGCCCAUAUAGUCACAACCUAACCUGCUCUAGUUUAUUGUGAAGCAAUCGCCUCGCCCAGACAUUUCUUGGUGGAGUAGCAUGCUGUAGGUAUGAUUCUUAGUUUCUCAUUCUGUCUGUCAAUAGAUCAUUAAUGCUAGAUAGCUUUUGUCUUAUGUCUUUUGUUAAUGUCUUAGGCCAACUUUGUGGGGUCCUUUGCUCAUCCCAUAAUACUGUUGUUCAGCUUUAUAUAGGUAGAUUUAAACCGUGCAAAUAUUGUGUGAAAUGUUUCAGUUACAAUAAUUUAAAGGGGUGGGAUGGCAUCUUUCUGUAUAGAAAACUUUUAUAAAUAAAGUUGACUUUCCACUUUAAA